UCCAUCUAUCGGGCUACUGCACACCUACUGCCUACAGCAGCAACACGUACCAGAGGAGCUGAGCAUCAGCUAUCUGAAGCAACUCAACUGCAAGGUCGAAGAUGGCACGACAACAUGCUGCCUCUGUGCUUGCCGCGGCGUUGGUCGUCGGGAUACUCGCAUCCAUCCCAGCUGAGGUGCGAUCCAUCGGCGUGUGCUACGGCGUUGUAGGCGACCCCAUGCCGUCGGCGAGUGAUGUGGUGAAGCUCUAUGUAUCCAGGGGCAUCACCGGCAUGCGCAUCUAUAAGGCCAACGCUAAGACGCUCGCGGCCCUCGUCGGAACCGGCAUCGACCUCAUCGUGGACGUACCCAACGACCAGCUCGCCGAGAUGGCCUCAAGCCCCGACGCCGCGUCCAAAUGGGUCCAAGACAACGUCGUGGCCUACCCGGGCGUGAGCAUCAGGUACAUCGCCGUCGGCAACGAGGUGGAAGGCAACGAUCCGCGGGCGCAAAACAUCCUCCCAGCCAUGCAGAACAUGAACGCCGCCUUGUCCAUGGCCGGCUUCGAGCAAAUCAAGGUGUCCACGGCGGUGCAGUCGGGUGUGACAACGGGGUACCCUCCCUCCCACGGUAUCUUCUCUACCAAAAGCGCCCACAUGCCGCCCAUCGCGCUGUACCUUGCCAAGACGGGUGCGCCGCUGCUCGCCAACGUGUACCCCUACUUCGCCUACACGGGCAAUCCCACAGAUAUUACCAUCGACUACGCCCUCUUCACCUCGUCGGGCACGGUGGUGCAGGAUGACAACGGUCUCGCCUACCAGAACCUGUUCGAUGCGCUCGUUGACACGUUCUACGCGGCGCUCCAGAGCGCCGGGGCAGCGGAUGUGGGCAUUGUGGUGUCCGAGAGCGGGUGGCCGUCGGCUGGCGCAACGGCUGCGACUGUUAGUAACGCGCAGGCGUACAACCAGGCUCUGAUCGACCACGUCUCCCAUGGCACGCCCAAGGUGCCGCAGCCGCUGGAGACGUACAUAUUCGCUAUGUUUAACGAGAACGAGAAGGGAGGUGCUGAGACGGAGAAGCACUUUGGGCUGUUCAACCCGGACAUGUCGUCGGCGUACAAUAUCAACUUCUAAACCAGCCGGACGGGUCGAUACGUAAGUAACAUUUACCUUAAGGUACAUAUAUAUGUAUACUUCCUCCAUCUAUAAAAAGAUAUCUUAACUUUGUCAAAAGAUGCAUAUAUCUAGAC